GGAGCGCAACAACAGUCUGCGUGACUCCCCGACCGCAUCGCACCUCUGUCCCGCCACGCAGCGCUACUUUCUCAUCGCCUCUCUAAAACAGGAUAAAUAGGGGGGUUGGGGCGCUAAGGAAAAGGCUGCUCUGGGAGGUAAAAGUUGGAUAUUUCUUUCAUGAUUUUAUGGCUUAAUAACUUAGUUUCCUCUCGCUCACCCGCUGCGCGCAAGAGGAGGAGAGAAACGGAACUUUCAGGGGACCUUACCUCGCCCCGGAGUAACCGCGGGGGCAGCGCGCAGGUUUAAACCGAGGAGGUCACACCUGCCACCGGCUCCGGAUCUCCCUCUGGCCCGUUCUGCGGAGGUGGAUGGUAUGGUAUAACUUUUCCGCUGCAGGCGAACCUGAGAGGAGACGUUUUAUGGUUUCGUGGAGAGGGGAUGCGAGCCUCUCCUCCGUGUCGGAUAGAGGAGCGGCUAUGAGGAGAGAGGUUCAACUACUUGGCUAACACAACAAGAGAAAACUGCACCAACAGAAUGCGGGAACGGGGUCCUUGCAUUUGUGGAGUAGGCGUGUGGAGUCUACUGCUGUCUCUCUGCCUGGCCUCCCUCACACACGCACACAGGAGCCACACAGUACACGUGAAGGCAGGGACGUGUGAGGUGAUUGCUGCCCACCGCUGCUGCAACAAGAACAAGAUCGAGGAGAGAUCUCAGACUGUCAAAUGUUCCUGCUUCCCGGGGCAGGUUGCUGGCACAACCCGGGCCAUGCCCUCCUGUGUUGAUGCCUCCAUUGUAGCUCAGAAGUGGUGGUGUCAGAUGCAUCCUUGUAAUGACGGUGAGGAGUGUAAGGUUCUACCAGACCUCACUGGUUGGAGCUGCAGCACAGGCAACAAAGUCAAGACCACAAAGGUAACCCGAUAGUCCUGGCCGUCUAAAGGAGGUGGAGACAAAAGAAAAUGACGGUGGACUUACUUACACAGCACAAUGGACCUAUUAGAAGGAAAACCCUCUCAGAAGGACUUCUACAAGGAACCAGUUAUUCUUUCAUUUCUCUGAGGAUAUGGUGGCUAAAAAGACAGGAAUUUGACACCGUCUCCCUUUGACAAAACUGUGUUUCUUUGGUCGUUUACUGCAGAGGACUGCAUCACCCACAAUCCUUUACUUUUACUACAAAUGACAAAAUGAAAAAAAGUGAACUAUGAACUUAACUGGAUUAGAAGACAAACCGCUUUCUUUACAGCAAUCUGUAUUCUUCAUCUCUCGUCAAUGGCUUAGUUGUGGUCUUUAUGCAUACCCAGAAUAAACGGGAUGGAUAACAAACGUCAGGACAAAAAAAGGAGGAGAAAGCAUCAAGAAUGGCUUCCUAUAAUAUUGUCUGGAUGACACGUUUAAAUUUUACUGUGCCACAUGACACACUUGAUGCUGUCAACAUGUGUCUUAGAUCUGGAACGUAACCUUUACUUUUUAUAAUUUAAUUUCACCUUCAUCAUAAUAAUUUACCUUGAAUGGUUUGUGGCUUACCACAUGCAAUUUUUAAAAAUGAAGAGACAGUUUGUCAGUCUUCAAUUCUCUUUUGUUUUUUUGACUACGGACAAAAGCCUAUCAGGGGUGAGAUUAGACUAAUACAAAGUAGAUGUCACAGUAUAUUGAAACAUGUAAACGUGUAAAAAAAAAUGGUCCAUGGAAUCAAUGGGGCUAAAGAUAAAUUGACGCUCUAAUGGUUUUAAUAUCUGUGUUUUUAAACGCCUGUUAACCGCUAUUGAGUACAUGUGUCAGUAUUAUAUGAAAUGAAUAAAAUCUUUCAAAAGAAAA